AUGCAUUACUCAUUCCAGUAUCAAAAAUUGAAUGAACUCUUCCUUGCUAGUGGAGAAUCAUCUUAAAAAUUUAAAUCUACCGACUAGUACGAAUAUGUUGAUUUUUAGGAUGUAUCGCAAAUUAGGUGAUGAUUUCGAAUAUAUGUUGAUGAAACUUUUGGGAACAGAUUUUGAUAAGUUCAAUUUAAUAGAAUAAUUGAAUUUGAAUAAUCAAUCAUAAAUGCAAGAUCAAAAUUUAGUAGUAACAAUUCCAAUUUUAUUUCAUCCAACCUUAUAUGGUGUUUCUAUGGAUAUUAUUUACAGGCCAAAGAAAAUAUGCUUAAAAAGCUACUUAACAAAAACGGAUUCCUCUCCAUUAUAUGCUUCAGAUAAAGUAUAAUAUAGGAUUUAAUUCAUAAAUAGAAUAUAAUAAAUUUGAUAAGUUUCUACGCUUUGAAAUAGAAUGAUAAACUAAUUAAUGGUUCUUUAAGUAUAGACCCAUUGACAGGAUUAUUUUAAUAUAAAACAUUGGUUGUAAUAUCUUUAUAUGAACAAAUAAAUUUAAGUGAAAACUUUUUGGAAAGCUUGAAACUUAAUAUUAAAUAACAUAAAGAAGUUAUGCAAAUUUAAGCCCCUAUUAUUCUUUAUUAAAUGAAUAAAAUAACAUUUAAAGAAUUUAAGAGAUUUGCAAAUGAAGAGUCAGUUGAAAAUAAAGAGAAAAAUAUCGAUUAAAUAAGAAAGAUUUUUGAAAAGUAAUGUAGUAUAUCAAUUCAUAAAUAGAUAGUUGAAUAAAGAGAUGACUUAGGAAGAAAAAGAAAAUUUCUUGGAUUGUCCUAAGCCAAAUAAUUUACCUUUACUAACCAAGAUUAAGAUUCAAAAUAUAUCUGAUGAUCCUAUUAAAUAAUGGAAAGAGUAAUCUCUAAUUACAUCUGGAGGUUAUUCUGAAAUACGUAAAAUAUAGUUAGGUACAUAUGAUAAAUCAUAUCUUAGCAUAUAGUAUAAAGGAUGAUUAAACAUAUACAAGGGCUUUAGCAAUAAAAACAGAUAAAUCACCCAAUAAUUAUAGAAAAGUUAAUCAUGAACUAAAUAUAUUAAAGAAUUUAUCUGAAACUAGAGAGAAAGGCAUAGGAGAGGCAUAUAUUGUUACAAGUUAUUAUGAUGAAAAUUUGAAAGACUGUUAUUUUAUGGAAUUUUACAAUAAUGGAUCUUUAGAACAAUAUGCUAAUUCUAAAGCUAUAGUUUUAAGUUUAAGAACAAAAUUAUUUAUAUUGGCUGGAAUUAUAAAUGGAAUUGAUUUUCUUCAUUACAAAUAAAUAGCUCAUUUGGAUUUAAAAAUGGGGAAUAUAUUAAUUUAAAAAUAAUUAAUCCCUAAAAUAUGUGAUUUUGGUGAAGCUAAAUUUUUUUAACAAUUGGAUCAAGAUAAAAGUGUUUUUUCUCGUUCUUUGCCUUAUGCAGCCCCAGAAUUAUAUAAUAAAAAUGAAAUAACUCCAGCAUUCGAUAUAUUCUCAUAUGGAAUUUUAAUGUGCAAUUUAAUUUUUGAAUAAUUUCCUUUUGUAAUCUUCCCCAUUUAUGAUAGGAUUAUAAUCCAAAUGAUUUAUAUAAUUUAGCAGAAAGAUAUAGAAAUAAUACAUAUGCAAUUAAACGAAAUUUGAUAAAACAAACAAAAUAUGGACCAAAAAAGAUAAUGAAGAUAAUACUAUAGCUAAUUGUACAUUGUUUAUAAUCUGAUCCAAAAUUAAGACCUAAACCAAAAUGGAUAUUAGCAAUAUUAUGGAAGAUGAUCAAUUUUUUAGACAGCUUUUGA